AAAUUUGGUGGGUGAAUUAUGCCUUCUUAUGGCAAGCACAUGCCUUGUGCUGUUGAAGAUUGCGAUCAUCAUGUUGAUGAAGACAAACUGCAAUUUCAGUUGCUGGGUGAAGGCAAUGACAACUGUGUUGUCAGUAUUAUUGGCACUGGGAUGGUGAUUCGCUUGAAGAAGGUUGCAGUUGAUAAAACUCGUGCUCUACCUCAUGGCUCCUGCUCUGCUGGAUGUAAAGCCAAUUCCUCUCAAAGAUCAAAUGUGUUUAAUAAAUGCAACGAGUCUAAAAGUAGUGCAUUAAAAUGCAGUUAUGGAAAAUUACCUGCUACUUAUUCAUCUGUGCAUAGAUGUGUCAAAAGAAUCGAUCUAUGUGGUGAUAAAUCAGUGCCAUCUUGCCCACAAUGCUGUCUAAUAAGACAGUGUUGCAGAGAUUUAGCUUUUCUCAACCACAUUGCUUUUUCUUUUUUUGGCCCAAGUUUGGUGAAGCCUGGAAGACUAGUGAGAUUAAGUUUAAACACAAUGCAGUCUAUUGAAAAGCAGCUUCAACACACUCGAGAAGAGGGAAGAUUGCACAAAACCAUCAAUCCAUAUGGCAUUGCUAUCCUCUGUCCUGAUGCAUCAACAACUUUUCACGGAUGCCAUUCAGUUUCAUCGGCUGUGCAACUGUGCUCUGUUCAUAAAAAUAUUUGCCAUGACACAAAAACUUCUCUGCCCAUACAUGUUACACCUGAAUAUUAUUCAUACAUACAUGAGGAAAAUCAUCCAUCUCAGUGCCAGAAUUGUAGACGUAAACACAAUCCUGCAUACUCCCCUAGCAACUGUAAAUGCUCUAAGUUCUUUAAGAAUACAAGUAUCUCUUUGGAAAAGAAAUUGGAAAGCCUUGAUUCUGAUUCAAUCAUGGCCAACAUAAGCUCUUCUGUUCCCCUACAUAAAGUUUUUCCUAUAAAUAAUUUGCAUUUGUUGACUGAUGAGGAAAUUAGAGCCAAAAAAGUUGUAGAAAAGUUAAAGGUACAGAAAUUUCUUGCACAGUUGUAUGUGGAUGAUAAGAUAAAUGCUCAUGGCCCCAAGUGUAUUCCACUCUCUCUUGAUCCCUGUUAUUUGAACCACAAGGAAAGCCAGUUGAAGCCAUUCCCAAAUAUUGGCUAUGAAGAUGAAUUGUCCACAAGCUUGCCUAUCACUAGUAACUUAGGUCUUCACAAAGCUCAAGUUGUUGGAAAUUCAAGUAUUCGGAAGCUCACACUGGAAAACACCAUUGGUUUUGCAUCCAAUAUCUGUCAAAGAGAAAAAAAAUUCUGCAAUUCAAAGCAUUUUAAGGAAGACUCGUUCCAAGAAAAUCCAGAUAGUCACCCGCAGAGAAGCAAUGACCGGAAAAAAAUUCCCUCUGACAAUAAGCAAAUAGUUGGAGAUCUGAACUAUUCUCAGGCUAAUCCUAAGAUCAGAGAAGCACGCAAGCCUGUCACUCUCUGCGUGGAGCUUAAGCCUAAACAGGGCUUCCUAGAGCCAGUGGAUGACGAGUCCAUGCUUCUGUGUCGCUUUUGCCUGAAACAAUUCAUUAAGUGUUCUAGAGGUGAGCCACAACCACACAGCAACUACUGUCCUUUAGAAUUCUUCUCAGGGGACGUGAAGCGCAUGGCAGCAGCUGUGCAGCAGCUCUUCGCAGCGCCUCAAAACAACCUCAGGAUAUUCAAGGAUGGUGUGGUGGUGGAGGACCUUUCUCAGUACAGCUUCCUGUCUUUCAAGUACGCCUUCUUGCCUCUCUUUGACAUCACAUCUUUCUUCUUUGAAUCGCAUCCCUUCCAACGUCAAUGCUUCCAGUGCUUGGUCAAUGUAAUUCAGUGCCAAGUUAAAAGCCUAGAAGGAACAUCAAAUUCUCCGAAAAACGCCUCUGUAGACGAAGACAGCGGCAACAGCAGCGAUGGUAUAUCAGAGGAUGAGGUGUAUCGAUCCCAACAGUCUGAGUUAUGUGUCGUCAAGGCUUUUGAAGCGUUAGAGCGUCUUAUUGCUAUGGUUGGGGAGGACCAAGCUUAUGAACUUCUUCGUGUGGUUCCUGAUGGUGCAGGUAACGAUGUCUGUCAGGUUAUUGAAGAAGACGGCUGUACGUCUUUGCAAAAAUCUCAAUCCGUAUCGGAUGAUGCCAGUUUCCCGGAACUUCUCCCGAUUAGUGAAGUGAUCUCCGAGUGUGAUGAGCUUGUAAGUUCUCCUCAUUUCGAUCCUAUUCCCAAUGCGCUGCAGUCACCGUUCGUUGAAAGAGAAAAUGGUUUAAAAAAAUUAUUAAUGGACGACUCCUCGUCUGCAAUGCGGCACGAAGCAGGCAUUCUGGUGUCACAGGUUCAAGAGUUCCUGAAGGGCCUUACGUUCAAAGACUGCAGUCUCAUGAUCCUGCUAUCUGGUUGGUAUCUCUGCCAGGUGACAGUCAUUGAUCUGGUCAGCAAGGACCCCAGUAAAGUCAAGUUACAUUAUUCGGCCGUGCGUGAACUGCAGCAACUCGUCUUGCGUAAACAGCAACUGGAUGAACCGCUGCCCAAAUGUUGCCUUCUGCCCUGA